CUUAUGGUCAAUUGGCUGACAAGCAAACAAGAAUUAGACACUUAAAAUUGUAUCAAGCUGCACUAAGUGGUGAUUGGAGCAUGGCUGAGGGUAUUUACAAGAAACAUAAAAAUGAUAUAAGAGCGAGGAUAUCAAAGGAAGGGGACACUGCUCUCCAUAUUGCAGCUGCAGCAGAGCAAACUGAUUUUUUGAAAAACCUGGUGGAUAAUAUAAAUAAAGAGGAUUUAGCUACUACAAAUAAUGCAGGCAAUACAGCUUUUUGUCUUGCUGCUGUGUCUGGAAAUGUGGAACUUGCUCAAGUGAUGAUGAAUAAGAUGAAAAAAGAGGAUUUAACUACAAAGAAAGGAGCUGGAAAAACAGCUUAUUGUCUCUCUGUUGAGUCCCAGAAGGUGGAACUUCCCAACAUGAUAGAGGAGAGUACAAACUUAGCUUAUGUCCUGGAAAGGAGUAGAAACUUAGCAAUGAUCCGCGAUGUUGCACUGGAUUUGCUAGAGAAACACCCAGAGUUAGCCGUCGCUUGUGAUGGAAAUGAGGAGACAGCAUUGCUUGCCUUGGCUGGAACGCCUAUUGCCUCUCAAAUUCAGCAAGGAUUUUGGAAACAAUGUGUCAAUUUGUGUUAG